AGCUUUUGAAUUUCAGUUUAUUUAUAAAGAUUGCGUUCCAAAACAACGAAAAUAAAUGGAGUGCCUAAAACUCUAUCACGACCUCUCCCUCUUUUCCACCCGCAUCCCAGUCCCAUUCCUCACUCACUUUUUUUCCCAUUUCGAUCCCCAAAAAUCCAAAGCCCUCGCAUCGUCCAUUGCAAACUUUCAUCUCCGAGACCUCGAGAGCGCCGACUACCGUUCCGCAUAUCAUAUGCUCUGUGACUGGUUUUAUGGAUGGAAUGUAACGGAUGCUACAGCCGAAACUGGGACAGAGCAUUUUCGAAUGCGGCGUGUUCCCCGCGAGAUUGAUGUUCGAGAAGAAGGUGAACGUGUUGAAUGUGAUCGGAUUUGUAAAACCUUUGAAACACUCUUUGGACUCAGUCGACGGGUUCUUAAACGGUAUUAUCUCGACAUUGAGGAACUUGUGCCUAAAAUCGGGUUAGGCGCUUCGGAUAUCUCUGCUCGUGAUGAUCGUGUACAUGAUGAAGGCGAUGGAAUGGAUAAUGUCGAACGCGUAUGGGCUCAGCAACGAAAACGAGAAAACGAACUUGACGAGGAAAACAAGAGUGAGAAUGGGAGUUCGGAUUCGUUGGAUAAGGAAAUGGAAGAGUUGUUGCGCAUGUCUCGGCCUGCGGGCAUGGUUGUUCGGAGAAAGACGCAGAUUUAUUCUACGACGGUGCAUGAGAGGGCUGGACGGGGAGUGGAAGGUAGUGUUUUGGAGCAAGAUGAAGAAGGGGAACUAGGAGAACACAAGUCACAAACAGAGGACAUGGCUUCGACAAGUGCAACGGCCACAACCGCGAAUUCUACAACAAUGGCACCAGCAACAGAACAAUCCAGCGCAUCAUCUGGUACCUUGGAGGGUUCCCAACCCAUGGACGCACCCUUUUCCCCCUCUUCUCCCAACUCUAUCCGCAAAGGUACCCUCCACGAAGCCCCUGGCCAAGACGACAUUCGCCGCUCCCUCCAACGCGACAUUAAUCAAAUCUACGUCCAACUCGACCGUGCAACCGACUACACCCUCGUUUGUCUCUCAACCGCUUUUUGCGUCCUAACGUUUUCCCAAGUUCUCGGACACCAAGACACGUUUCUCAAAUACGCAUCGUUUGCGCAAGAACUCUCGAUGGAUUUCGUGUCGAAUACACUGAAAACGGUCUGGGACCUUUUACACCGUGAACUCCCUCCAACGGAUCUCUCUCUGCAAGACCUCCGCAACCCCGAUUUACUAAAACUCAAAAUCCAAAAAGUGGUAGCGCUACGUACAUCCCAACACGGUAAAACCCCCAAAUACCGCUGGCGAAAACUAUACCGCAAAUUCGCACUCUUGCAUGAACUCUUUACAAGUGUGGACGUUCAUCUUUUUCCUAAUUUCCUAGUAGCCCAUCGUGAAGGUGUCAAAGCCGCCAAAUUCUCAUCAUUUGAUAGUUGUCUUUGGCUUACGGGGGGGUAUGACUGCGUUAUCCGGAUUCACGAUAUUCGACCUCAACUGUCGUCCACCACACCUGCCACACCAACAUCCAUACCCCCCGUCCCCAUCCCUGGCCCAGCAGGCGGAACAACAGGCCAUACAUGCCUAUCCCAAUACGUUGGUCACAAAUCCAUCAUCACCGACGUCCAUUUCACACACGAUGACACACACAUCAUUUCAUCCUCUUUUGAUCGUACACUUAAAAUCUGGAACGCCCAAUCAGCUUCCUGUGAACGCACACUAACCGGCCACACCGACUCUGUGACAACCUGCGAUAUCUCAUCCGACGGCCGAUACAUUGCAUCCGGUUCAACAGAUUGUACCAUCCGUCUAUGGGAUUUUCAUACAGGCGAAAACCUCACUGUGAUUCGUAAACACUCGAGAUGGAUUAAAGUUGUUCGGUUCUCGCAUGAUGGGCGAUACCUCCUCACAGCAGGCCUUGAUAAAAGAAUUUAUGUAUGGGAUGUUAAAAUCCUUAUUCACUCCCGUGCGAUUUCUCAUACACGUUGUAUCGAAGUUCAUACGGAUUAUGUAUUGGAUAUGGCGACCACACGGCCUUCCCUGGUUGCGUCCACCUCUAGGGAUUGUACGGUUCGCAUCAAUGAUUUUGUGUCUGGACAGGAACUUGCCGUGUUUGAUUUGGCGCCUUCUUGGGCUUGUAGUGUUUGUUUUUCAGAGAAUGGAGAGUAUUUGGCGACGGGGUCGUUUGAUAAUAAUGUGAGUAUUUAUAAAGUUGCAGAGUGUACCCGGGUACGUCAGAUUCGGGUGCUUAAUUUGGGAAUCUUGUGUGUGAGGUUUCCAAAGGAUUUGGGGUAUGUUGUUGUUGGGAGUUUGGAGGGGUUUUUGCAGCAGGUGCCUUUGUAAAUUGUGUGUGUGUGCAUAAUAGUUUUUGAGGGAAAUACCAUUGC